UUUAGGCAUAAACAGUGCAAAUAAGUGGCGAAAGGGAGGGUAUAGUAAUAGGCAGUGUGGCGUGUAACUCCAGAACUGUUUGUGCACUAACCGCAUGUUUCAUCCAGGCCAACAGGUCGAUUAUUUUUUGGCCGUAUGUUCUUUUUUCUCCAUGUUUUCUCGAGCAGGAUGUCUUCCUAGGUUGGCAUGGACCGGCUGCCGAAGAAUGGGAAAUUUUACAUCCUCCACUACUGGAGGCCUGUCCAGCACAGCCUGUGUACAGUAUGUCCAGGAGGUGGUGUCACAGAACUGUGUUGUGAUAUUUUCCAAGACCACCUGUCCUUAUUGUAAAAUGGCCAAGAAUGUGUUCAAUGAAAUCGGUGCUACCUACAAAGUGAUUGAAUUGGAUGAACAUAAUGAUGGGAGGAGACUGCAAGAGGCCUUAGCUCAAAUGACUGGUGCCAGAACGGUGCCAAGAGUCUUCAUUAAUGGAAACUGCAUCGGUGGUGGCUCCGAUACCAAACAGCUCCAUCAACAGGGAAAGUUGCUGCCCUUGAUCGAACAGUGUGCUCCCUGCUGUGCUGCCACCAGCUCUGAGGGCUCGGGGAGCGGACAGUUUGAGUCUGCUAAAUGACUAACCGUUUUUGUAGUUUUUUUCAAUCCUGUAUUUAUUAAAUGUUUGCUUGAUCUUAUUCUUCAAGUUGUACAUUGCUUGAGCACGACUAUGUUAUUUAUUCAUCAUGGUUCAUUUGAUACUUGAUAUUUAAGCUACAUACAUUUUCAGACAGGGAUGUAACAUAUAACAAUUAAAGCUGCAAUCUUUUAAACAAAACCUGUGAAUAGUGGAACUACAUCAAAUGCUUCUCUUCUGCAUGAUUGUUUUAUUGAACAAAAUUACUGCAAUAAACAAGCAUGAUCUUUCUAAACAUCGGGCAUCAUCAAAGAGUGAACAUCAGAAUUAUUGACUCAUGUUCCGUUAGGGUAGUUUGGGGUAAUUUUUCAUAUCUUGUUACACUGGAAGAACAACAGAUUUUUGUAUGAUUAGCACAUUUCAUUGUGCUAAGUAUUACAUAUUACAGUACAUUAUAUCUUACUGAGAAAUUUUUAAGUUAUUUGCAUAGACUGUAUGUGGAAAAAUAGCCAUUCUGUAUUUUUUAAUUUUUUUUAAAUUUAUUUUUAUUUUUUAUAACAGUUUGUCCGAGAUUUUGGCAGUAGCUAUGAUUGAUUUUAUUUGAUAUUAGAUAGGUGAUUGAUUUUUGCUAAACACAUGUACCGUGUUUGUAAGGAAUCAUGGUGCUGGUCAGUGUUAUGAAUAUAGAGAUUAAUGAACAUAUGUAUGAAGUCACCACCAUCUCAAAUGUUUUUAAUAAACUGAAUGUAUGUUUGUUAUUAUCAUUAAUAAAUAUGAAUGAA